GACCUGGUCCGCACCGCCAGGCAGUGCGCGUACAACUUCGUCUUCUACGGCCCCGCGCAGCACUUCUGGUACGGCGCGCUCGCGGGUUUCUUCCCGACGAACGCCGCCGCCGGGCUCGCCGCCAACUUCCGCCCGUUCGCCGCCAAGGUGUUCCUCAACCAGGCGGUCCUCGGCCCAGUCGUCGUCACCACGUUCUUCGCGUGGACCUUCGCGCUGCAGGGUAAGAUGUCGGAGUACCCGGAGAAGAUUCGGCGAGACGCGCUGCCGACGCUCAAGCGGGGGUGGGCGUUCUGGGUGCCCGCGGCGUCGGUCAACUUCGCGGUGGUGCCCCUGCGGUUCCAGGUGCUGUACAUGAGCUGCUGCUCGAUCGUGUGGAACUACAUCUUGAGCACGGCGGCGGGGAAAAAUAA